UGUUACGAGGAGGUGGAAACCAAAUAUGAGGAUCUUGAUAAUUUAAGCUUUGCUGUUACGAGGAGGUGGAAACCAAAUAUGAGGAUCUGGAUUAUUGUUUUAUUCGCAUUGAUUCGACGUGAUGAAGCUUUGACAAAGGAGGAUGGACGACCGUUAUGAAGACCAACGGACACAUGUCUACAUUUGGCUACGAUUCGUCAUACUGGACCAACAAGAAGGCAUAUCACGUGAAUGGGGGCCAGUCCGGCGCAGACCAUCAAGAAACUAAGCUGCCAACCUACUGGGCCACACCCUUCACUAGUCUUUGUUUGGGGAUGAUGACAGUUUUUCAGAGAAGACCAAACUGGAUCCGUGUGAAUUACAAGGCAAGAUCGCUGUACUCUGUAAUCGCAGACAACCGCUAUCGCAGUUUUUCCAUCGGUCGUAACAAGUGGAAGUCGUUGAUUCCUGGCUCGUCUUUGCAGAAAUACUGCAACAGAGAGGGGUUUAAUUCCAGACCAGUAACUGCGACAGGUAACCACAGGGUGAGAAUCGGUAUUGUGUCAAAUCAGGAGAAUGACUGCAGUAGCCCUGACUCCCGAAUUGGAUUUGGAGGUGCGGGAUGGGCCUGUGGGAAAAAGUCUAUCGAUAACUUGAUAUUUACAGGAAACACAGCAAGAUGCAGUGCGGACAACGGGAACAAGGCCAUUAAAACUUUCGGCUACAUAUUGGUUCAGUAAUUCGUUUGAGCUGUUUUUCUGCCAGAUCCAUUAUUUCUUACUUUCUACUCCCUUCUAAAAUUUCCUACUGCGAGUUGUCGUUGGUUAUCUAUCAUUUUUAAAAUUAAAACCACAAAAAAACAACUGAUAUCCCACAAUACCUUGUGAUUGAACAGAUUACCCAAGAUGCCUUGUGGUCAAAGAGAUAUCCCAUGAUACACUGUGUUUCAAAUUUCCUUGAACUAAAAUGGUUAAAAGGUAUAAGAGAGAAAGCAAUCGAUGAUUCCUUAGCCCUUCUGACUUGUUUGCGUUCUUAAAAAAGUAAAAAUUCAAAAUGAUAUAAAUCAAAUUCAACACUAAAAUGCUAACGAUUAUUUUCAUCAUUAUCAUUGUCAUCAUAUCCUCCUGUGUGCACUGUUCUGUUUCUGCAACAGCAGACUUCUAAAUAGAAUAACUUAACAAGAAAUAAUGGUUCUGGUGCAGUUUGAAUGAGAAAUUAACAGUCCACUAUAAAAGGUAAAAUAUUAAGGGUAACUUAGUACAGAAUGAAGAUAAAUUUUAGACACAAUCAAAUAUGAUUUGUUUCAUAUUUUUUAUUAUUGUGUAUCAAUUGACAGUAAAUUGUAAUGAUAAAUUUAAUUCAAAUUAAAGCAUUAUAAAACUGA